AUGGAUGGAAGUGGAUGGGGUGAAGAAAGUUAUGAUGCGGGUAUUGCUGGUGGUUGGGGUGAAGCAUCGUUUGUGGAAGCUGAUGAAUUCAAAGAAAGCCAACAUACCGAGAAAGUACCAUUCCCAGCUACAGUCAAGGACCUUAGUCGGUUAGCAAAGAAUGACGAGAAAAUUACAACCGAUUCGAGUUGUUGGUCAUGUGAAAGAUCGUUACAAACAGAUGGAGGUCAAUCUAUCGAGUAUACAUUAGCCGAUUAUCAUGAUGCGAAUGCUACAUUUCUCAUUAUUCACUACAAAGGCGUGCUUGCGAGUGCUGUGGCAAAUUCAGAUGCACUAGUAGAGGGAACUGAUGUUUCUGUUGUGGGGAAAUUGCGGAGUUUUAAUGAACGACUUUGUAUUGUUGCUUUUGAUGUUCGGGAGAUAGAGGACAAGCGAGAGAUUGAUGCUUUUCAUUUAGAAGCUCAACUUGCCCACCUUUUCUAUGCAAAAGAUGUGCCGAAUAUGGCGUUAUCAGAAAAAUGGGCAACUAUAUCUGAGGGUACAAUGUUACGUGUAACCGAAGGAGAUGGAGGACAAACUAAAUCGACCAGCGAUUGGAAGAGCAAUGUAGGCUCUAAUCCGAAAGUAUCCGGUAAUGUAAUGCAGCAAAGUGCAUCUCGUUCAGCUCCUGAUAAUAGUUGUCGUGGAUUAACUGGUCAGAAAGCUGAGAUAUUUAAAUAUUUGCGCAAUAAUGGCGAUCCGGUUGUUGGAGCUAGUAUUGAUGAUAUACGCACCGGCAUCCCAAGAAAUCACUUCAAUUCAUUCACAUUUUCUGCGGAUAUCGAAUAUUUGGCUUCCGAAGGUCUAAUUUAUGCUACUUCUGACGAUGAUCAUUAUGCCGCUAAUGCAUAA